GCCGGUGGCUAUUUCCGGAGUAAGAUGGCUGCAACGCGUGUGCUGGGGACCUGGAGCCAGAACGCUGUCAGACUGGUUUGUGUUCGCUAUUUUCAAACAUGUAAUAAUGUACAUGUUUUGAGGCCAAAAUGCGUGUGUUCCUUCGGUUAUCCUUUGCUCAAAUAUAGUCAACCACAUCACUCCCUAAGAACAGCAGCUGUGCUGCAGGGGCAGGUUGUUCAGUUCAAACUCUCUGACAUUGGAGAAGGGAUUCGAGAAGUAACUAUUAAAGAAUGGUAUGUAAAAGAAGGCGAUACCGUGUCUCAGUUUGACAGCAUCUGUGAAGUUCAGAGUGACAAGGCCUCUGUCACCAUCACCAGUCGCUACGAUGGCGUCAUUAAGAGGCUCUAUUACAAUCUAGACGAAAUCGCUUACGUGGGGAAGCCACUGAUCGACAUCGAAACGGAAGCCUUAAAGGAUUCAGAAGAAGAUGUUGUUGAAACCCCUGCUGUGUCCCACGAAGAGCACACUCACCAAGAGAUAAAAGGCCAGAAAACACUAGCGACACCUGCUGUUCGUCGUCUAGCAAUGGAAAACAAUAUUAAGCUGAGUGAAGUUGUCGGCUCCGGAAAAGAUGGCAGAAUACUUAAAGAAGAUAUUCUCAAUUUUCUGGAAAAGCAGACGGGAGCUAUAUUGCCUCCCUCACCAAAAGCUGAAAUAACACCGCCUCCACCACAAGCCAAAGACAGGCCCUUUCCCACGCCAGUAUCAAAGCCUCCGGUGUUCACAGGCAAAGACAGGACAGAGCCCGUAACAGGUUUCCAAAAAGCAAUGGUCAAGACCAUGUCUGCAGCUCUGAAGAUUCCCCACUUUGGGUAUUGUGAUGAGGUUGACCUUACUGAACUGGUUAAGCUUCGGGAAGAGUUAAAACCUGUUGCUUUGGCUCGGGGAAUCAAACUCUCCUUCAUGCCCUUCUUCUUAAAGGCCGCCUCUCUGGGAUUGCUACAGUUUCCCAUCCUCAAUGCCUCUGUGGACGAAAACUGCCAGAACAUCACCUACAAGGCAUCACACAAUAUUGGGAUAGCAAUGGAUACUGAGCUGGGGUUGAUUGUCCCCAAUGUGAAGAAUGUUCAGGUCCGCUCUGUAUUUGAGAUUGCCUUGGAACUGAACCGCCUCCAGAAACUGGGCUCUUCAGGUCAGCUCAGUACCACUGACCUUACCGGAGGGACAUUUACUCUUUCCAACAUUGGAUCAAUUGGUGGGACCUAUGCCAAGCCAGUGAUAUUGCCACCUGAAGUAGCCAUCGGGGCCCUGGGAGCAAUUAAGGCUCUUCCCCGAUUUGACCAGAAAGGAGAAGUUUAUAAAGCACAAAUGAUGAAUGUGAGCUGGUCAGCUGAUCACAGAAUCAUUGACGGAGCCACCAUGUCACGCUUCUCUAAUCUGUGGAAAUCCUACCUGGAAAACCCAGCAUUUAUGCUGCUAGAUCUGAAAUAAUGUUACAUACAACAACUUUGAACUUACGCAUUUCCAAAGAGUACGGGAAGCUGCUAUAUGCCUCACGUAUUCCUGUUACAGCUGCAUUAGAAGUGAUUUGAGUUACCCGCUUAAGGCUCUAAGGCACAGUAUUUAUGACUCACGUUAGGCUCUUUGCUGAAAUGAAUGAUGGCGUCAUGGUUCUCUUGGGGUAUCACACUGUGUAGGUCAGAAGGUGACCUCUCAAUAUGGUGCUGAGAUCUUUGUGUCAAUGAGUUGAAACAGGCAACAAAGCAAAAUUAAUGUUACUAAAAGGCAAGUGGCAAUAUAUGUGUGGUAUUUGCCAUGUUUCUUUUUUAAUUUUUUAACUGACUUUUAGUGAAAGUUUAAAAUUACACUUCACUGGGGAAAGCAGUUUUUAUGCCAGUGUUUUCCAUUUCCCUACAAUCAUGGUAACUGUUCUGCAAAAUAAGUGCAAUUCUGCUUAUCUUUUCAGAGGAUGAGGUGUAUACUCUCCCCUUGGGUACAAAGUAUCAUUUGUAGUCUGAUAGCUGACAUUAGCUUUAUUUAAAGGGGGAAGUUACAAUAUGGUCUGAACUAUAAUUUACAGCCCAUAAGGCUGUCCCUGGUAACUGUUUGCAAUGGGUAGACUUCUAGAGCUGUGACAAUGCUUUGGCAUUUUGCUGGGAAAUACUUGACUUUUCACACUCACUUUGUGACGUAAAAUACCAUAAAUACAGCAGCCGUUGGCUUGUUUUUUUUUUUUUUAUGCUUAGGGAUUUGUUGACUUUUAAUUUUAUUGAUCGUCAGCUAAAAGAAAGGGGCGUGGGAUCUGUUUUCUUCUCCUGAUCCUCAGUAGGAGCGAUAUCAGGUAAAGGGUCAAAUGGGAAACUGUGGACAUAAAACACAACUAAUGAUCAUCUUGAUAAAGGUCCAUCUUAAUCAGAUAGCAUGAGGAUCAAUCUAAUUCAAGGCUGGGCACGCCUUUAUUUUUAGCACUUGAGAAGCAGAGACAAGGGGAUCUCUGUGUUUGAGACCAGCCUGGUCUACAUAGUGAGUUUCCGGACAGCCAGGGACACAUAAAGAGACCCUGUUUUGUUUGUUUGUUUUGUUUUUUAAAUCAAAUUUAAAAUUUUGAAAUCUAGGGGUUUUUUUGUUUUUUUUUUUCUAAUAUUAUCUAAUUGAAUAUAUCAUAACAAAAUUACUUGCGUAAUUGAAGUUUCGUGAUAGGAGCUAAACGGUCAUUUUUAAUGCCUCCUUGAUUUUUUUUCCAAAAUUGAAAUACUUUAUAAAUCAAGCAAAUGCUGUUUAUUUGAAAAGUCACAUUAUGAAAUCAUUGUUUUUACAUAAAGAAAAUUAACAGAAAAAAAAUCAUUUGAGAGCCAGGCCUGUAAUCCCUGCUGUUGGGAGGUUGAGGCAGGAGGCUCCUGAGCUCAAGACCAUGUGAGGCUGCUUAGUGAGACUCCUCUGGAGAAAAGGAAAAACUACAGACAGUAUGGGGGCGUAACAAACUAUCUAUAAUCUUAGCACUGUCAAUACAAUGUAUGUAUCUGUAUACAUAGGGAUUCUUUUAUAAAAAUGAGAUAAUGUAUCUACUAUUUUAUAAUUUGAUUUUUUAAAAUUUAUCAUUAUAUUACUGACACCUUUAUAUGUCAAUAAACAGUUCUACAUUA